CUUCUGGGAGCUGUAGUGCCCCGGGCGCGGCGGCGAGGGGCGCGCUCACUAGAGCUAAGCCGUUAGCGCGGAGCCUGCCCCGGUGCGGGUCGCGGCGGCGGCGGCGGCGCCCUUGCCAGUGAGCCCCUGCCUGGGGUGGGCCUCGGCGUUGACUCGGGGCUGCCCGGGGGCCCGGCCCUGAGGAGAGAGUUGCGCGCACAAGGCGAGGGCCAUGGGGCCGAGAAGAGCCGGGGCGACAGCGCGGCGCCGGUGACAGCUGGGACCCGCCGCCGUCGAGCUGCCCCCUCCCCUCGCCCCGACCUCUCCCCUGCUGGCAAGGGCCGGCGGCGGCGGCGGCGCCCGUGGUGGCAGUGGUGGCGGCGGAGGCGGAGGCAGAGCCGGCGGCGGCGCCCGUGGUGGCAGUGGUGGCGGCGGCGGCGGGCCGGCCCCCCGGGACCGUGUCCGGGGCCGGAGGAGCGGGUGGCGCCCGGCGAGCUAUGCGCGGAGGCGGCGGCGCCUCGCAGUGUUCCGACCCCUCAGUCUUCUGGGUUUCGCAGAAUCCGCCGGCGGCAGCGGCGGCGCCGGGACAUGGAGCUUGAGAACAUCGUGGCCAACUCGCUGCUGCUGAAAGCGCGUCAAGGAGGAUAUGGCAAAAAAAGUGGUCGUAGUAAAAAAUGGAGGGAGUUACUGGUGCUGCCUCCUGUCAGCCAGUGCAGUGAGCUCAGACAUUCCAUUGAAAAGGAUUAUAGCAGUCUUUGUGACAAGCAACCAAUAGGAAGACUUCUCUUCAGGCAGUUCUGUGAUACCAAACCCACCCUAAAGAGGCACAUUGAAUUCUUGGAUGCAGUGGCAGAAUAUGAAGUGGCAGAUGAUGAGAACCGAAGUGAUUGUGGACUGUCAGUCUUCAAUAGUUUCUUCAAUGAUAAGUUGGCAGCCCCUUUGCCAGAAAUACCUCCAGAUGUUGUGAGAAAAUGUAGAUUGGGACUGAAGGAGGAGAACCCUUCCAAAAAAGUCUUUGAGGAAUGUACUAGAAUUGCCCAUAACUACUUAAGAGGGAAACCAUUUGAAGAAUACCAAGAAAGCUCACAUUUUUCUCAGUUUUUACAAUGGAAAUGGCUGGAAAGGCGACCCGUAACCAAGAACACAUUUAGACAUUACAGAGUUCUAGGAAAAGGCGGAUUUGGAGAGGUUUGUGCCUGUCAAGUGCGAGCCACGGGAAAAAUGUAUGCCUGUAAAAAGCUACAGAAAAAAAGAAUAAAGAAAAGGAAAGGUGAAGCUCUGGCUCUAAACGAAAAAAGGAUUCUGGAGAAAGUGCAAAGUCGAUUCGUGGUUAGUUUAGCCUACGCUUAUGAAACCAAAGAUGCCUUGUGCUUGGUGCUCACCAUUAUGAAUGGAGGGGAUUUGAAGUUUCACAUUUACAACCUGGGCAAUCCCGGCUUUGAUGAGCAGAGAGCUGUUUUCUAUGCUGCAGAGCUGUGUUGCGGCUUGGAAGAUUUACAGAGGGAAAGAAUUGUAUACAGAGACUUAAAGCCUGAGAAUAUUCUCCUUGAUGAUCGUGGACACAUCCGGAUUUCGGACCUCGGUUUGGCCCUGGAGAUCCCAGAAGGGCAGAUGGUUCGAGGAAGAGUUGGAACGGUCGGCUACAUGGCACCUGAAGUUGUCAGUAAUGAAAAGUAUACAUUUAGUCCCGAUUGGUGGGGACUUGGCUGUCUGAUCUAUGAGAUGAUUCAGGGACAUUCUCCAUUCAGAAAAUUCCAGGAGAAGGUCAAACGGGAGGAGGUCGAUCAAAGAAUCAAGAACGAUACUGAGGAGUAUUCCGAGAAGUUUUCGGAAGAUGCCAAGUCUAUCUGCAGGAUGUUACUCACCAAGAAUCCAAGCAAGCGUCUGGGCUGCAGGGGCGAGGGAGCAGCAGGGGUGAAGCAGCACCCCGUGUUCAAGGAUAUCAGCUUCAGCAGGCUGGAGGCAAACAUGCUGGAACCCCCUUUCUGUCCUGAUCCGCGUGCCGUUUACUGCAAGGACGUCCUGGAGAUCCAGCAGUUCUCUACGGUGAAAGGGGUCUGCCUGGACGCCACAGACGACGAGUUCUACGCUCAGUUUGCCACAGGGUGUGUCUCCAUCCCCUGGCAGAAUGAGAUGAUCGAAUCUGGGUGUUUCAGAGACAUCAACAAAAGUGAAAGUGAGGAAGCUUUGUCAUUAGAUCUAAAAAAGGACACACAUACCCCGGUUUCCAGACCAAAGAGAGGCUUCUUCUGUAGACUCUUCAGAAGAGGGGGCUGCCUGACCGUGGUCUCCAGUGAGAAGGAAGUGGCACCCAAGCGACACUGACCAUCCCUGUGCAGACCACAGAGCAGACCCUGGCACCCGGAAGGAGCACGUGUUAGCAUCUCGUCCCAACUGGAAUUGUAAUAAACACAUCUAAAUCAGACGUGCCUUGGGAGUGUA